ACAAGGAUUCUCGCCUGUUCCAGAGUUAAGGUUUGUUGAUCGUAAGUUUGAUCAGCUUUCUCGAAUCGUGGUAUUAGUCGCUUAGUUCUAUAAAAUAUAAAAGCGUGAUUACUUUUCAGUGAAACGGGCCCACUUGGAAAAAUAAGCAUGAUUGCGCUCCUUUUUGAAGAAUAAUCUAACAAUCUAACUCAGUUUUCCUAUUAUUAUUUUGCAAGUAACUGAUUUUCUUUGUUGUCAAUAUUGAGGAUUUGGAUGAUGUAAUUUCCCCGCCACAUUUUUGGUCUAUACUGACAGUUCAGAGGUCACAUCGCCCCAUUGCCUUGUCACUAUCGCCCCCGAGUCACGUCAACCCCAAUUUGUUUGAGCUCGCCCACGUCACGUAUCUCCCUAACAAAAACAUCGCAAGGAACAGUGGGAAUCCAGAAGUUUCAAUGGAGGAGUCAGCAAAAUUAUACAUUAAAGGGCCACUUAUUUAUAUCUUUUUUAAUUAUAAGAUCGAGUUGAUAUUGUGUUAUUCUUUAUUCUGCGAAGACUGCUGGCAAAGUGGAUAUUGGUGGCCCUGUAUUCUAUAGUUACAACUUAAGUUUCUCUUACUACACCUUCCCUGGCUUCUACUCUCACCUAGUAAUUUUUUUUUUACUGAUGGAAAUAACUUAUAUUAUCUGAACAAAUUUUGUAUUAAUGAGGAUAAAUGAAGUUAAGCUUUUUAUUAUUUAUGACAAGAAAAGUUGGCUCGUUUCUUUUGCCUAAAAGCUUUCCUAAUGGAUUGUAAUGGUUCUUUUCACAGUCAUGCAGUCUUGCACCAAUCUUCAAAGUACAUGAAUCAAUGUUUACCUCAGUUCUGGUCAUACAAGCAAGAACAAAGGUCAGCAAAAAAUCACCAUUUCAUGAUGGAAAGGGCCAUAAGGAAAAGAUGCAGGAAGCAAACAGCAGCAGACAGAAAUAUAUUGACAAAAUGACUGUCAAUAGACCUUUGAAUAGACCCUAUCUUAUUGAAAGCCCAGGUGACAAAAUUAUAGUUAUUUUGAUUAUGACUACCAUUUUUACGUUAUUUAACCUUGUGGCCCUCUGUCAACCCUUUUAACUUGCAAGAUCUCAUCAGUAGUUCUCCUUACUGUCUGCCAUACAGUUCUUGUAAUGUUAGCUUCGAGAAUUUGGUAUUGGAUCAAUCAAUAAUUCCCCAAUUAAUAUUUUUCUUUAUUCUCAUUACUUGUCCGGUUGAUAUUGUACUGACAAUGCAAGGAGAAAUUUUGUCUUGGUCACUCAUGGGAGUUAAAGUGUUAAAUGAAUGAAAAGUUUAAAGCUCCAAAAUUGUUAAGUGUGCUUCAGUAGAAAUAAGGAAAAAAAUGUAGUUAAAAAUUACUGAACUACCUUUUAUUUAUUUGCAGGAGUAAUAUUCAGUGACUACCUUCCAAUAAGAAGAUAUUACUUUUUCACACCACGGGUAAGAAGAACUUAAAGGAAAAGUCAUAGUUUUAUGUUAUUAUUAACACUUUAUAGUGUUCAGCCAACACAAUCAGUGAUAUGCCCUCAGAGACAGUCUGGACUUGUGAUUCUAAAUGUCUGGGUAUGAGCCAAGGACAAUUCAAAGUGUUGAGUUCUUGGGCGUGGUUAUUUUCUCUCAUGUUGCCUUCGUCCCCCAAAUUGCAUUCAUGCAUUCUGCUCAACCAUUAAAAUGAUCCUGACCACUGAAGUCAUCCCCAAUCCUGGGACAACACCCAAACAGACCUUGAAAUGAUCCAAAUUUUUUUAGGGUUUUGAACCCAAAAAGAUCCCAAUGAAUUAAAAAAUAUAUUAUAAUUAUAGUAAUCAAUGGGAUAAUGGAUUGCUCUGUUGUAAAGGAAACUAUUAAGUCAUUAUAUUUUGGUCCUUGUAAAAAACUUAUUUGUGGCUUUAGUGGGAAAAGUGGGGAUCAUUUUGCAGGCAGAAUUAUUUCAUGAUUGAUUUGCAAAACAUUUUUGUACCAUUUAUAUAAUGAAAGAGGUCUAUUAACUGGAUUUCUUUUUUUUGCUGAAGGGAAUAAAAGAAAGAUGGAAUGCAUUCAAGAAUGGUUUUUGGACCAUAUACAGGUGAUAGAUAGUUUGCCAAUUAUGAUAUUGCUGAUAGUGAGAUACAUGGCUUAGGCACCAUCAUUAACCCCUUACACCCUAACAUCAAUGUGCAUAUUCUCUUUACUGUCCUCUAUACAUUUCCUAAGGUGCUGAUAAGGAGAAUUUGUUCAAUAAUCAAGAGCCUUUUUAAUUGGUGAUUAUUUCCUUCAUCCAUGUUACCUAAAUGUGUGAUUCAGGGGUGAUAUCAUAGAGAGAAAUUAUAUACUGGUCACUCCUAGGGGCCAAAGAAUAAAUAGUUAUUUGUAUGGAAGAGCAAAUUAUAAGGCAUAGCAUGUACAAGAAAGCCAUGGCGCACUUUGAAAAUUGCAUUACUAUUAGGUUUUAAGAGAACAAGUUAGUUUUCAUAGUUUUUGUGCUGUUGUCAAAAACACACUUCAGUGGGCUUCUUUGAGUAAGCAUGGACAUGUUUUGUUAUGAAAUAAUAGAAUGAGCACUUUUUAAUGGUAAAAAUUUUUCUUUUGAUAGUCUUGUCUACAUUAGAAGACAUAUAAAACCCUUCAAAUUAACAGACUUUGGCCCAAGUGCCCAGGAAAUCUACAUUGCAGCAAAUGAAGCACUUGCUAGGUGAGUGUUCAGCAAAGGAAAUGCAAAAUCUGUCUUAAAUUUCACAUUCAAACUAAUAAUUGUAAGGUUUAGACUAGUAUUCAGGGGUAAUAAGGGGAUUAUUAGUUACUCUAAAACCAAAUUAUUUGCACUAACAUCAUAAGAAUUGUAUAGCAUAUAGUAAGGAAAUAUUUUCAACUACUAGACAAGUUCAGUAGUGUUCUCAGCUACAAGGAUCUCUUCAUUUCAUUUCUUCACUGCAAUACAAAUAUAUGAAUUUCAUAUAUCUAAAAUCAUCAUUCAUCACUUGGAUGGGUUAUUUGGACCCAAAACAUUGACCAGCUCCCAGUUGGCUUGUUAGCUCAGUUGGUAGAGUGCUGUACUGGUAUCACAAAGGUCAUGGGUUCAAACCCCAUAUGGGCCUGAAUUUUUUUCAGGUCCUAUUUUCAACUACCAGUUCAGUAGUGUUCUUAGCUGGGAUCUCUUAAUUUCAUUUCUUCACUGCAGUGCAGAUAUAUGAAUUUCAUAUAUCUAAAAUCAUUACUCAAAAGGUCUUAGGCAUGAGAGGGUUAACCUACGACAAGUGCAAAAGUUGCCUCCCCUUAUUACUACUUCAAUCCACUGAGUACGUUUUUGUUUCUUGUAUAUCUUUUGGCAGAAAAAGCAAAAAAGAUCUUCAGGAGGUGGUGACCAACUCAGUAUACCGGGUAAGGAUGUUAUGAAAAACCAACUGUUUUAAAGGUGGAUGAAAAAAUAAGGGAAAUAUUUGGUAGACUCUGAGGAGAAAUUUCGUUGAAAUCUUAAGCGCAAACAGGUGAAAAGCAGGGAGCAAUAUUGCACAGAUAGCUUAUACAUAGGCAUCCAUAUACUCCAUACUGUUCUCCAUACAUUUCCUCUGAUGCUGACAUGGAGAAUUUGCUCACCUAUAAAGAGCUACUCCUACUAGUUAGUGACCAUUUUCCCUUAUUCUCAUGGCCUUAAUGUUUGAUUCAGCAGUGAUACUGUAGGGAGAAAUUAGAUACCAAUCACUCAUUGGUGUUAAAGAGUUAAGUGGAGUGUUAACUCUUGGUAUACCUAUUUUAAUUUGUUGCAGAAAUUUACAGAUUUACAGCGAUCUUGACUUUGUUUCAGGCACUUAGCAAUGAGUUCUUUCCUCCAAACAAGAAUCUUCACUGGCGUUUUGUUUCAGCUGUAACAAGGCCUCAGGUUGUACAUGUAAGAGUUGGCCAGGUUCAGACCAAAGAUAACUUGUUUGCACAAAUUACUGUGAAAAUUCAUUCAAAACAGGUAAGAUAUUGCUGUUCAACCCUUUACAACUUAACAUCAGUAUGCACAUUCCUCAUACCUUUCUCUGUACAUUUUCUAAGGUGCUGACAAAUAGAAUUUGUUCAACAAUUAAAGGCAUCUUUAGUUUCCGAUCAUUUCCUUUAUUCUCAUGACCUUAAUGUAUACUUCAGGGGUAACAUUGUAAGGAGAAAUUAGAUGCUAGUCACUCCUAGGGGUUAAAGGGUUACCUCUUCAACCCCCAUGAGUAACCAAGGGCUAGGUUCUCCCUGCAAUUCCAAUGUUAUUUUGCAAACAAGUUGUGAGAACAGAAAAGCUUAUCUGCAAAGGGGUGUUCUUUGAUAUAAGAACAAAUCCUUCUGUCUCAGUAAAGAGAGAGGAGACACUGAAUUACUUUAUGAGCCUUGGGGGUUGAAAUGGUCAAAACCCGAAAAAGUGCCUUGGGAUGUGAUAGACUGUCAUCUUAACCAGGAGGGGAUGUAGACACACUCCUGGUCACUCCUCAUUGCAGAAAUGCUCUUACUAGGAAUUAUGAGUGAUGAUAGAUGUUAUCCUGGCUUCAUAAUGGCAAUCAAUGAAAUUUUGCUUUUUUUUUCCCCUUAGGUCAUGGCAGUAAAAGAUAGGUAUGGAAGGCACAUAUCUGGGAGUGACAAGCUUCCUAAACAAGUCAUAGACUAUGUUGUGUUUGAACGUCCCUUGACUAGUACUAAGUAUGGAACAUGGAAAGUAUGUGGAAAGCUGCACGCCUUCCCAGCUGAGGUAGAUACAGGAAAGCACCUCGUCAAGAAUGUUCCUGCAGUUUAGAGAGGAAGCUAAAUUUUGAUUGCGUAAUUUUUACGAAUGGAUAGAGUUCAAGUUUUCUUACAUACAGUGUACAGGUUCAUAGGAAUUGUACUUUUCUGCAAUUAUCUGUUGAAUACAAAAGAGUCUGUUUUAGAUAAAAUCAUAACCCCUCCAAGGGGAACUCAAUUAUGUUAUGUUUGAUCUGAAAAUUUGUGUUGGAUGAAAUAAAUAUCUAAUUUACAAACUGGC